CCCAUGAAUCGAAGAUCCAGACAGCAACCAAAACAGGUACAGAGGAAAAAAUUUGCGGGCGGAGCAACGCAAAGGAUGGAGAAAGCAAAAGCGAUGCUAAGCCUGACGCAAGAACAAUACGACGCCGUGUCAAGACUCCAAUUUCUUCCUCCUCUCAGAACCGGCGAUAACUCCUCCUUCUACGAACACUUCGUCCUCGCCGGAAUCCGAGUUGACCGAGUUGAACCCGGUUGCGUCUCGUGCUCCUUCAUAGUCCCUUCUCGCCUCGCCGACAGGGGUGGGAAGUUGGCGAAUGGAGCAAUUGCGAAUCUGGUGGACGAAGUUGGAGGCGCUGUCAUCCAUGAAGGGGGUCUCCCCAUGAAUGUUUCCGUCGACAUGUCCAUUUCUUUUCUCUCAACUGCUCGCGUUGGCGAUGAACUAGAAAUUACUUCUAGGUUGUUAGGAAGGAAAGGAGGUUAUUCUGGGACAAUUGUUCUCCUUAAAAACAAAGCCACGGGAGAAUUGUUAGCCGAAGGUCGUCAUUCACUGUUUGGUAGACAUAACAGCAAAAUGUAAUUCAGUAUGUGUAUGAAAUGUCUGUACAUGAAGAUUGUCUUUGGGAAACUUACUUGACUUGGGUGAGUCACUACUUAUUAAUUGGAUAAAGUUCUGAGUAAGAGCAUGAUAUGAUAUGAAUAAAGUUCUGAGUGAGAGCAUGAUAUGAUAUGAAGACGUGCAAUGAAAAGUGAAAUUUAAAAAAAUCAAACUUGGUUUAUUUA